AUGGUUAAAAGGGAAUUUUUGAAAGAUAACAAGAAGAAGUCCAAGCAUGUACCACAGAUCCCGGCAAAUGCUGAUGAAUAUCUCGCUGCCGGGGUUGAUUUCGAAGAAGCUGGCGAGAAGUGGAGAGGCGGUGAUGCUGUAAAGUCUACCAGAUUUUUCAUCAGAGCAGUAGAUAACUACGAAGAAGCAUUGCAAAAGUUUCCAGACUCUUUCGAUCUUGCUUACAAUAAAGCUCGAGUAUUGUAUGAACUUACACAGUAUCCGAAGCUCGCAGCACAACUUCCUGGGACCCCUUUGGAUCUUCUAGCCACUGCAUUGGAAGCGAGUCGGUAUGCAUUGGGCUUAAAGCAGGACAAUGCCGACGUUUUGUUUAAUACCGCUCAAGUUCUCACUAGUAUUGCCGAGGUAACAUUAGAAACGAGGAAUGUUGGCAAUGAUGAUAACCUAGCGUUACUCGAGGAAGCUAUUGAGCUCUUUCAGAGAUGUUUAACGUUACAGGAGUACCAAUAUACCGAAUCGGAAGUCCAAGCUGAAUCUGUACCGACAUCAGGAUCGCUUCCAGAGGAUACAGAUUCUGAGGAAGGAGGGGUUUCAUUAUCUGGUGCUGAUUCUCAACCCCCACAAGAUGAUCGAUGGGCGACUAUCGUUGAGCCAGUAACCUUUGAUACUUUACUCGAUACUCUAAUAGCUCAACUCCAAACAAUCACCACGUUAUGUGGGCUGGUGAACGUAGAUGCUGGUCGAGGACUGGCAUGGAUUGAAGAAUAUUCGACCCCACUCAUCGAUCAAAAAUUACAAAGCUACCUUCAAGGCACUACAAAUCGAGAGCUAGAAGCCGGUCUUGCCAAGUCAGAUUUCGUCGCUGCUCUCGCCGAUGCCAAUUUCCGAGUUCAACGAAUUGAUCUUGGUACCUACGAACGAGUUCUGAAUGAUGCUUAUGCAUCUUUGAACCUCGACGAUCAUCCAGAGGGGCUUUGCGACAAAGCUGAAGCAUUUAUUUCAUACAAUGCUUCCCUUCGUCUGAAUUAUAAAGCAGCCCAAUCACCCGAAGUUUCAGCAUCACGUUGGAAAGUUCUGAGUGCAGCGCUCGAUAAUUUGACUAAGGCUUCGAAACUCCCUUCUGCUGAUAACCUACCAAAGAUCCAUAUUCUGCGAGGUGAUGUCGAACUUUUGAGAGUUCAGCUAGGACAACCACCAAGUAACUACGAUGUUGCUUUCAAGAACGGGACAGUCUUAGCGAAGAAUGCGGAGAAAUUCUACCGUGGUGCUGGGGUCCUAGCGAGAAACGAGGGGUUGAAUAAGGAGUUAGGGGAUGCUGGAGUCAAGGAAGCUCUAGCUAUGAGUUUGUAUGGUGAGAAAGCCAAGUUGUUUGAAUGUAUCAAAUUGCAACCUGAUGUAGUGAGGGGUGUUUUGGAAGACGCUCUUGAUGAUGGAUUGGUCUCAUUUGAAGCUUUAGCUGCCAUGGGCAUUGCAUAA